CAGAAAACAGCAUGGUUGGGAGCAUUUUACAUGUGUAUACCGAGUGGUGUUGCAGUUGGCUAUGUUUACGGUGGAUUGGUUGGCCAAUUCAACUGGCGUAUCGCAUUCUGGGGAGAGGCAAUUUUGAUGCUUCCUUUUGCUAUAUUAGGCUUUGUGAUGAAACCUUUGCAGUUGAAAGGUUUCUCUCCUGCUGUAUCCAAAAAAGCAUCUGUAUUGCAGUAUGGCUCGGAAGAUCAAGAUGGCGAACUGUCCACAAGAGAAGCUGCAGAUCAAAGUUCAAAAGCUUUUGGGUUAACAGUUGCUUGGAAUGCAAAUGUAUUGACAAGAUUUUGGGAAGAUGUAAAAAUUCUUUUACUGGAGAAGGUUUAUGUUGUGAAUGUUCUUGGUUACAUAGCAUAUAAUUUUGUCAUAGGUUCAUAUUCCUAUUGGGGACCCAAGGCUGGUUAUAAUAUAUAUCACAUGGGUAAUGCAGAUAUUAUGUUUGGAGGUGUUACAGUAGUUUGUGGAAUAUUGGGAACACUAGCAGGUGGUUAUGUACUUGAUCUUAUGACUUCCACAAUAUCCAAUGCUUUUAAGGUUCUGUCAUUUGCAUCAUUACUUGGAGCAAUAUUCUGCUUCACUUCAUUUUGCUUUAAGAGCCUAUAUGCUUUCUUGGCUCUUUUCUCAAUAGGAGAGCUGCUGGUAUUUGCCACUCAGGGCCCUGUAAAUUUUGUGUGCCUACAUUCUGUCAAGCCUAGUUUGAGACCAUUAUCUAUGGCUAUAUCGACUGUUUCAAUUCACAUUUUUGGUGAUGUGCCUUCUUCUCCUCUUGUUGGGCUUAUUCAGGAUCGUAUUAACAAUUGGAGGGUAACCGCUCUUAUUCUAACAUCCAUUCUAUUUCUGGCAGCUGGAAUAUGGUUUAUUGGAGUGUUUCUUCAUAGCGUAGACAAGUUCAAUGAAGACAGCAAUCAUCCCCUUACUACAGUUGAUAAGGGGGCCAUAACUCCAUUGCUCGAAGAGAAUAGAAUGGAAGAGACAGCAUGACCUUUUUGUUGAAUGCAGUAGAUGAAUUUCUGUCUUUGAUACUUAUCAUGGGAUGUAAAUAACAUCACGUUCCAAAAUGUUCAUAUGUUUGUAAUAUUAUCCUGAGAAGGAAACACAGAAUCUUGCCAUGCUAAUGUUUAUGCAUAUUUUACCGGUUUUAUUUCA